ACCAGGUAAAACCAAAGUGUCGAGAUUUACCACUCUAUCUAAUGCAUGUGGAACGCAGCCAAAUAGUAUACUACAGUAAAGCGAGUUAACGUUAUAGAUCACUAUCGGAAGUGUGGACUAGACCCGCUUCUGCAUCUUGGAUGGCCCGUGCAUAUAUGCAAUCCGCCAAAUUUCGAAAACUUCAAUCUAAUCCCCGCCUCCGCAGAGAAGGCAACACGACAGCUGUUGCUCGUCGUCAAACGUUUUCCUCCCAUUCCACGCCUGUUGUAGAGGCGUCUCAGUAACGCAGCCAUGGCGAUCCAGAAGAAGCAUGGCAAAGGCCGUCUCGACAAAUGGUACAAGUUAGCGAAGGAGAAGGGUUACCGUGCCCGUGCCGCCUUCAAACUCAUCCAGUUGAAUAAGAAAUACAAUUUCCUGGAGAAGAGCAAGGUCUUGAUCGAUCUUUGCGCCGCCCCCGGGUCCUGGUGUCAAGUCGCCGCCGAGUGCAUGCCCGCUGGCGCUCUCAUCGUUGGUGUUGAUCUUGCACCCAUCAAGCCCAUCCCCCGUUGCAUCACAUUCCAAAGCGAUAUCACGACGGACAAGUGCAGAGCUACUCUCCGACAACACCUGAAAAACUGGAAGGCGGACACCGUUCUCCACGAUGGAGCCCCCAACGUGGGUACGGCUUGGGUUCAGGACGCUUUUACACAGGCCGAGCUCGCUCUUCAGUCUAUGAAACUCGCCACUGAGUUCUUGGUUGAAGGCGGAACCUUUGUUACUAAAGUGUUCAGAUCUAAAGAUUACAACAGCUUGCUCUGGGUGUUCAAUCAGCUUUUCACCAAGGUGGAAGCCACGAAGCCGCCGUCUUCCCGUAACGUCUCUGCGGAGAUUUUCGUCGUCUGCCGCGGCUACAAAGCCCCGAAACAUCUUGAUCCCAAAUUCGUCGAUCCCCGCUACGUUUUCGCCGAACUCGCAGAUCCCACACCGAAUAACGAGGCGAAAGUUUUCAAACCUGAGCUGAAGAAGAGGAAGCGGGAGGGUUAUGAGGAGGGUGAUUGGACACAGUUCAAGGAGGCGCCCGUCAGCGAGUUUAUCCAGACAACGGAUCCCAUUGCGAUGCUUGGCAGCUUGAACAAGUUGAGUUUUGAUCAGAAACCGAACGGAGAUAUUGCAAUCGCCACCAUCUCUAAACUUCCGGAGACCACUCAAGAAAUCCGCGACUGCUGCGCCGACUUGAAGGUAUUGGGUCGGGCAGACUUCAAGCGUCUGCUACGAUGGCGCUUGAGGGUACGCGAGAUCUUUGGCUUCUCGACAAAGAAACAGGAUGCAGAGAAGGAGGAGGAAGGCGAAGAAGUUGCCGAGGUUGAGUCCAUGGAUGAGGAAAUGAAGAUCCAGGAAGAGUUGGAACGGCUAAAGGAGCAGGAAUCCAAGAAGAAGAAGAAGCAACGGCGUUUGGAGAAUGAGAAGAGGCAGAAAGAGAUUGUGCGCAUGCAGAUGAACAUGACGACUCCUAUGGACAUUGGUAUGGAGCAGUCAGGACCUAUGGGACAGGACUCCAUGUUCGAUCUAAAAGCCGUUGACAAGGCUGGUGCGCUGGCCAAGGUUGCUAAGGGAAGGAUGGUUACCAUUGUCGAAGCGCCGAAGCCUGAAGAAUCGGAAGAGGAAUCCGAGGAGAGUGACGAGGAAGAAGAUCGGCUCGAGCGGGAACUGGAUGCGCAGUACAAUGAAUAUGUGGAACAGAGAUCAGCAAGAGACGCCAAGUACCGAGCCAAGCGGGCAAGGAAAGAAGACGAAGAUGGGGAAUGGCAUGGCUUUUCUGAUACAGACAAACAGGAUAGUAGUGAUGAGGAGCUUGUCGAAGAUCAGGACAGCGACUUCAGCGAUGACGAGGAAGAGGGUCCGAAGGGUCUCGUUACCGACCUUGGCAACGACAGUGGCACAACUGGAGGCCUCACCAAACGAGCAGCGAGGUUCUUUGACCAGGACAUCUUUAAGGGAAUCGACGGGCUCGACGGGCUUGAGGAAGAUGAAGAUAGCGGGAUCGACGUUGAUGGUACUCCCGAAAAGAAUGCUGAAGAAAGCGCAGAAGAAAGCGCCGAGGAGGAACCUGAGACGAAACAGAAAUCUCGCAAGAGCACGCCAGUUCAAGAAGAUGAAGACUCCUCCGACGAUGAGAACGAGAUAGAAGAAGUGAAACGGGACGAAUCCGCUUGGGAGGCAGACGACACGCCUAUGAAGAACGGUCGUCCCGACAUCGACAUCAUCACCGCCGAAGCAAUGACUCUUGCACACCAACUUGCGACUGGCCAGAAGACAAAGGCCGAGUUGCUCGAUGACGGCUUCAACCGCUACUCCUUCCGAGACACUGAAGGUCUUCCGGACUGGUUCCUCGAUGACGAAGGCAAGCACUCCAAGCUUCAACGCCCGACCACGGCGGCCGCCGCUGCUGCCAUCAAAGAGAAGCUACGUGCGCUGAACGCAAGGCCCAUCAAGAAAGUGCGAGAAGCGAAGGCAAGGAAGAAGUUCAAGGCCGCGCAGCGUCUUGAGAAGCUGAAGAAGAAGAGUGCCCUUUUGGCCGAUGAAGAGGGUAUGACGGAGAAGGAGAAGGCGCAGAGCAUCGCAAGGUUGAUGAGCAGAGCUGCGAAGAAGAAGCCAAAGCAGAAGGUUGCUGUUGUCGUUGCCAGGGGUAAUAAUAACGGUAUCAAGGGCAGACCGAAGGGCACGAAGGGCAAGUACAAGAUGGUGGAUGCGAGGUUGAAGAAGGACGUCAGGGCUAUGAAGCGGAUUGCGAAGAAGAAGAAAUAAAGAGUGAUUCGAGGAUUCUUCUUGACAUAAGAUUUGGAUUUUGUUUACCUUCAGUAUUGGCGCUUCUCUGGGGCGCCUCUUUCCCUUUUCGGGCUUCGGAAGACUAAAAAUGCAUAUACCCCUUACCCUUCAACUGCCAGUUGCCUAUUUACAAUGUGUUGUUGUUCCCUAGGUGAUAAUGUUGCCAUCCACAUACCCAGACACCUGGACAUCGCCCUUUUCCGCUCCUCAACAUUUUGCGUAGAACACUUCAAGAACUGAAUUCGUACCGGACGCAGUCUCACUCUCCGCCGCCCAUUCACCUCUUCUCCCAGUCUCCCAGUCCUCCCUCAGUAAUUGAACCAAUCCACGCCCCUCACCAACCUAUCACACAAAUAUCCCACGAC